AUGGCCUCGUCUCAAGGGAAGAACGAGCUGAAAUUCGCCGACUGGAUGGCAACUCUGCCGGAGAGCAUCCACAGCAUACCCCUCACCAAUUUAGCCAUCCCAGGAUCUCAUGACUCCUUCAGCUUCUACAUUGAUGAAGCCUCUCCAGUGGGACCUGAACAGCCAGAAACUGUCCAGAAUUUUGUCUCUGUGUUUGGAACUGUGGCCAAAAAGCUGAUGCGAAAAUGGCUAGCCACUCAAACCAUGAACUUUACCGGUCAGCUAGGAGCUGGGAUCCGUUACUUUGAUCUUCGAAUUUCCACCAAGCCGAGAGACCCCGACAAUGAACUCUACUUUGCUCACGGUUUGUUCAGUGCCAAAGUCAAUGAAGGUCUUGAGGAGAUCAAUGCAUUCCUCACAGAUCACCAUAAGGAGGUGGUAUUCUUGGACUUCAACCACUUUUAUGGGAUGCAGAAAUAUCACCAUGAAAAACUGGUCCAAAUGCUGAAAGACAUCUAUGGAAAUAAAAUGUGCCCAGCGAUCUUUGCCCAGGAAGUGAGUCUCAAGUACCUGUGGGAGAAGGACUACCAAGUGCUCGUCUUCUACCACAGUCCAGUGGCUCUGGAGGUGCCCUUUCUCUGGCCUGGGCAGAUGAUGCCAGCACCCUGGGCUAACACCACAGACCCGGAAAAACUGAUCCAGUUUCUCCAGGCGUCCAUCACUGAGAGAAGGAAGAAGGGGUCGUUUUUCAUAUCUCAGGUGGUGCUGACUCCCAAAGCAAGCACCGUGGUCAAAGGGGUGGCCAGUGGCCUCAGAGAAACUAUCACAGAAAGAGCUCUUCCUGCCAUGAUGCAGUGGGUCCGCACACAGAAGCCAGGAGAGAGUGGCAUCAAUAUUGUCACUGCCGACUUUGUAGAACUUGGUGAUUUCAUCAGCACUGUCAUAAAGCUCAACUAUGUCUUUGAUGAAGGGGAAGCCAACACUUGA